UUUGUAUCAAAGAGAAACCCAUUUGGUCCCUUAUGUAUUAUUUAAUGUUAAAACAUACCCAUCAUAUGUUAACUAUACAUAAAUACAGGGACCAAAUCUGUCAUAUGGCAAACUUAAUGGUAAGACAUAAAUCUCCCCAAAAUAUAUUAAAUUAUAUAAAUGGUCCAAGGGCAUUUAAAUGGAAUAUUUUCCAACAUCCAGUUCUAAGAGUAAAAUUUCAAAAGUGGUUUCAUGAUAGAAGAAAAGAAGCAUCUGAAAACAACAUGACCAUGUCUCCAGCAGCAGAAGAAGUGCUUUUGAACUUGCUGCAUGAUUCUGCAGGGAUGAUAGUGAGUUAUCUUUUGUUAUCAAACUGAAAUAAGUCUCUUAUACCCGGAUAUUAGUAACUAACAUUGUAUAUCACUAUGCAAAUUGUGUCUUAAAACUGUUUGUGUUAAGACAGUGAGUUAUAUAACACUAAUUUGGAUAUUGUGUUCACUUGCAGGUAAGACCUAGCACAAACUUCAAAUUUGAAUUUAUUGACAAAUGGAGUAGAGCAUAUGUGGUAGACCUUGAAUCAAAAGGGUGUUCUUGCAGGGAGUUUCAAUCGGAGGAUUUUGUUUGCGUUCAUGCAGUUGCAUCAAUAAGAGCAAGGAAUGGGUUGUCAUGUUAUGAUUUUAUUUCUACAUACUACAAGAGUAGUUCAUGGAUGCAAGCAUAGAGGGGAGUUGUAGAACCACUAGGUUCAUAUUGUGAAGACGAUAUCCCAAACAAGUACAGAGAUUGUAUCAUUCACCCACCAGUAUUAGAUAAGUGGGCAGCUGGAAGACCAGAGAAUAAAAGGAUUCCUUGAUGGGUGAGUUUGUGACCAAACAAAAGUGUGGAAGAUGCAAACAACAAGGUCACAACCAAAAGACUUGCAACAAUCCUAUACCACGUCACUAAUGAGCUUUAGAAUAAAGGAUUUCAUUUGUCUUUUUUACUUCAAUUACUACCAGUUGUUUAAGAAUAAUUUGAAUAAGACAUGAAUUACAUAUGGUCCCUUAAAUAUUAUUGUUUGCAAAUGUAUGCAAACUUAAUGACCUUGAAUUACUCAUAGUGACAUUCUCUUCAUGGCACACCUUAAGUUACACGGAUUGAGUUACAAUAUUUAAAAUGUGUAACUGGAAAUUAUAAAGAAGAUACCAAUAUUUUUC